GGAGUUUUUUCGUGGUAGUGUGAAAAAGUCGCGUCGUUCGAGAAAAGUGUGUGGAAAAAAUCCUAUUAAACAUAGAUAAUAGGUUUACGGCUCAUCAAAAAAACAUAAUUCAAAUGGCCUCGCCCUCGCCGGCGAAUAGUCCAAUGCCUCCUCCACAAGCACCCAGCCCAAUGGCACCGCCAUCUCAAAGCCCAGCCCCUUCGCCGCAUAGUCCGUAUCCCCAUCAGCAGCAACAACCCGGACCGCCACCGCCCCAAGGACCACCACCGGGUGGUCCACCACCGCCUCCACAUAUGCAAGGACCACCACCCCCAGGACAUCCCGGAGCCUACGGUCACCCCAUGCAGCAUGGACCGCCAGGACCAGGUGGAGUUCAAGGCCCGCCACCGGGUCACCACAUGCCACCGCAUCAUCAGGGAAUGACUCCACACAUGGGAAUGCAAAUGCCUCCGGCUGGACCAAAUAUGUCACCACUUGGCUAUCAGACACAUGGAAUGCCGCCAAAUGCACCCACACAAGGAGGACCGUCGGGAGCUGGUCCACCGGGACCGCCGCCACCUGAACGCUCCGGCCAAGAGAAUUUGCAUGCAUUGCAGCGAGCCAUCGAUUCCAUGGAGGAGAAGGGAAUGCAGGAGGAUCCGCGCUACUCACAAUUGUUGGCCAUGCGAGCCACUUCCAAGCAUCAGCAUCUGAAUGUGAAUCAGGUUAAUCUGUUGCGAACUCAAAUUACUGCCUACCGCUUGCUGGCCAGAAACAAACCCAUCUCCAUUCAGAUGCAACAGACCCUGCAAGCACAGGCGGCGCAGCAGCAACAACAGCAGCCACCACCGCCCAUGGGUGGUCCACCGGGAAUGCAAGGAGUACCACCACCAACGCAGCAGCAGCAGCAACAACAACAGCAGCAGCAACAGCAGCAGCAACAACAGCAGCAGCAACAGCAGCAGCAACAGCAGCAGCAACAACAGCAACAACAGCAGCAACAGCCGCCAUCAACUGGUACACCGCCACAGUGCUCGACACCACCAGCUAGUCCUUAUGGCCAGCCCCUGCCGGGCCAGAAACUGCAGCAGCCACCAACUGGACCAGUGCCAGGGCAGUUACCGCCUCAUUUGCAGCAGCAACAGCUGGCUCAAGGACAACCUUUGACGCCACAACCGCCACCUUCGGUGGUGGGACAACAGUCAUCGUUGCCCGAGCAACUGCAUCAACAUCAUCCUAUGCCGAAUGGUGGCAAACCUUUGGCCAUGGGUGCAGCGGGAGGACAAGCCCUGAUACCAUCAUCAGGCAUUCCGCUGCAGCAGCAGCAACAGCAGCAGCAACAACAACAGCAGCAACAACAACAGCAACAGCAGCCAGGCAUGAGGACAGCACCACCAGGAAUAAAUCAAGUCGCCCAACCAGGCCCACCGCGACCUGGUGGUCUGCAAGGACAACAUCAACCUAUGCCCAAGCCCAAUCGGGUGACUACUGUUGCCAAGCCCGUGGGCCUGGAUCCCAUCACGUUGCUCCAGGAACGCGAAAAUCGAAUUGCGGCCCGCAUCUCGUUGCGGAUGCAAGAACUUCAACGAUUGCCAGCAACCAUGUCUGAAGAUUUGCGUCUGCAGGCGACCAUUGAGCUGCGGGCAUUACGGGUUCUGAAUUUCCAGCGUCAAUUGCGCAUGGAGUUUGUUCAGUGCACCAGGAGGGACACCACUUUGGAGACGGCUCUUAAUAUGAAGUUCUAUAAGCGUACCAAGCGACAGGGAUUACGUGAGGCCCGAGCCACCGAGAAACUGGAGAAGCAACAGAAACUAGAGGCAGAGCGUAAGCGCAGGCAAAAACAUUUGGAGUUCCUAGCGGCAGUGUUGCAGCAUGGCAAGGACUUGCGCGAGUAUCAUAGAAAUAAUAAGGCCCAACUGGCUAGAAUGAACAAAGCAGUGAUGAACUAUCAUGCUAAUGCCGAACGAGAGCAGAAGAAGGAACAGGAGCGCAUUGAAAAAGAGCGUAUGCGUCGCCUUAUGGCUGAGGAUGAGGAGGGAUAUCGCAAACUUAUCGAUCAGAAAAAGGAUAAACGUCUGGCUUUCCUUUUGUCGCAGACAGAUGAGUAUAUCAGCAACCUAACCCAGAUGGUUAAACAGCAUAAGGAUGAUCAAAUGAAAAAGAAGGAGGAGGAAGGCAAACGAUUGCAGUUAUACAAGAAAGAGCUGCUAAUGAGUGGCGAAUAUAUUGGAAUUGAUGAGGGCAGCAUUGUUGCCGAUAUGCGUGUUCAUGUGGUCGAGCAAUGCAGUGGCAAGAAGCUUACCGGAGAUGAUGCCCCCAUGCUAAAGCAUUUACAUCGUUGGCUAAAUAUGCAUCCAGGCUGGGAUUGGAUUGAUGACGAGGAUGACAAUAGCGGAGGACUUGGAGGCGUUAGCCAAAAUGAGAGCAAAGCCAAUGCGAAAGAGGAACAGCCCGAACUCGAAGAGGAUGUACCGGAUAAGGUCGAUCCGGAGGGUGCCGAAAAGAAGCCCAUCGGCGACGAGGAAGCAAAGUCCUUGAUUACAACAGCCAAGGUCGAAGACGAUGAAUAUCGCACAGAGGAGCAGACUUACUACAGUAUAGCCCAUACCAUACAUGAAAAAGUCUUCGAACAGGCCAGCAUUAUGGUCAAUGGUCAGUUGAAGGAGUAUCAGCUGAAGGGUCUUGAGUGGCUCGUGUCCUUAUACAACAACAACUUGAAUGGCAUCCUGGCCGAUGAGAUGGGUUUGGGUAAGACCAUUCAAACCAUAUCGCUGGUGACCUAUCUAAUGGAUCGCAAAAAGGUUAUGGGUCCCUAUCUAAUCAUUGUACCCUUAUCCACAUUGCCCAAUUGGGUGUUGGAAUUCGAGAAAUGGGCACCGGCAGUCGGUGUAGUUAGCUACAAGGGCAGCCCACAAGGGCGACGUUUACUUCAAAAUCAAAUGCGAGCUACAAAAUUUAAUGUUCUACUGACCACUUACGAGUAUGUUAUCAAGGACAAGGCUGUUCUAGCUAAAAUCCAAUGGAAAUACAUGAUUAUUGAUGAGGGUCAUCGAAUGAAGAAUCAUCAUUGCAAACUCACACAGGUCCUGAAUACCCAUUAUAUAGCGCCCUAUCGUCUGCUCCUUACGGGAACUCCGUUGCAAAACAAAUUGCCCGAACUGUGGGCACUGCUCAAUUUCUUGCUGCCCUCCAUUUUCAAGUCGUGCUCCACUUUUGAGCAAUGGUUCAACGCCCCGUUCGCCACCACCGGCGAGAAGGUGGAAUUGAAUGAGGAGGAAACCAUUCUGAUUAUUCGUCGUCUACACAAGGUGUUGCGUCCCUUCCUUCUGCGUCGACUCAAAAAGGAGGUCGAACAUCAAUUGCCCGACAAGGUGGAAUAUAUUAUUAAGUGUGACAUGUCCGCGUUACAGCGCGUCCUCUACAAGCACAUGCAGAGCAAGGGUGUCCUAUUGACCGAUGGAUCCGAGAAGGGCAAACAUGGAAAGGGUGGAGCCAAGGCCCUAAUGAACACCAUUGUCCAGCUACGAAAGUUGUGCAACCAUCCAUUUAUGUUCCAGCAUAUCGAAGAGAAGUAUUGCGAUCACACUGGUGGACAUGGUGUAGUAUCAGGUCCCGAUCUCUAUCGUGUUUCGGGUAAAUUUGAGCUUCUCGAUCGUAUACUGCCCAAGCUGAAAGCAACCAAUCAUCGUGUACUACUCUUCUGUCAAAUGACCCAGUGCAUGACCAUUAUCGAGGAUUAUCUGGGAUGGCGUCAAUUUGGAUAUCUUCGGCUCGACGGAACGACUAAGGCUGAGGAUCGUGGUGAACUCUUGCGCAAGUUCAAUGCCAAGGGCUCAGACUAUUUUGUAUUUCUGCUCUCCACACGUGCCGGUGGUUUGGGUUUGAAUUUGCAGACGGCCGAUACUGUGGUCAUAUUCGAUUCUGAUUGGAAUCCGCAUCAGGAUUUGCAGGCCCAGGAUCGUGCUCAUCGUAUUGGUCAGCGAAAUGAGGUGCGAGUACUCCGGCUGAUGACAGUAAAUUCAGUGGAGGAGAGAAUUUUGGCCGCAGCCAGAUACAAAUUGAAUAUGGAUGAGAAGGUCAUUCAGGCCGGUAUGUUUGAUCAGAAAUCAACGGGUAGUGAACGACAGCAGUUCCUGCAAACGAUUCUGCAUCAGGAUGACAAUGAGGAGGAGGAAGAAAAUGAGGUGCCCGAUGAUGAGAUGAUCAACAUGAUGAUUGCCCGCAGUGAGGAGGAAAUAGAAAUUUUCAAACGCAUGGAUGUCGAAAGAAAGAAAGAGGAUGAAGAAAUCCAUCCUGGUAGAGAGCGUCUCAUUGAUGAAUCUGAAUUGCCCGACUGGUUGACGAAGGACGAUGACGAGGUGGAGCGUUUCCACUAUCAGUACGAUGAGGAUACCAUUUUAGGCCGUGGCUCUCGCCAACGCAAAGAGGUUGACUACACGGACAGCCUUACCGAAAAGGAAUGGCUGAAGGCCAUUGAUGAUGGCGCAGAAUUUGAUGAGGAGGAGGAAGAGGAUGACUCCAAGCGUAAGAGGCGGAAACGCAAGAAUCGUAAGGACGAAUCCGAUGAUGAUUCGAUGAUACUUAAACGUCGUCGCCGCCAGAAUCUAGACAAACGUUCAAAGAAACAAAUGAACAAAAUUAUGAGUGCCGUCAUUAAGCAUACCCAGGACGGACGGACACUGUCGGAACCGUUUAUGAAGUUACCUUCGCGACAGCGUCUGCCGGAUUACUAUGAGAUCAUUAAACGACCGGUGGACAUUAAGAAAAUCCUACAACGCAUCGACGAUUGCAAGUAUGCGGAUCUCAAUGAGCUCGAAAAGGACUUCAUGCAAUUGUGUCAAAAUGCCCAGAUUUAUAAUGAGGAAGCCUCGCUUAUCUAUCUGGAUUCCAUAGCGCUGCAAAAGAUAUUCGUUAGCUCCAGGCAAAGGGUCACAGCUGCUGCAGAUGCUGCUGCAGUGGCAGCCGGUGAAAACACAGCGGAGGCGUCACACGGAGCCGGUGGUGGAGGUGCUUCUGAUAAUUCAGACAAUGAUGAUGACGAUGUCGGUGGCGGAGGCGGCGGAAAUAACAAUGAUGAUGGCUCCGAUGAUGAGGAGAUUGCCACUACUUCGGCAGCUGCCGUUAAAAUGAAACUUAAACUUAACAAAUCACUGGCCAGUGCCCCAACCACACCCACGCAAUCAGUAUCAAGCGGUGUUGGCGGUGGCGCGGCAACCACAUCCAAAAAGCAGACACGACGAAAGCGAUCCCAAAAGAAGUACACCAUUUCCGAUGAUGACGAUGACGAUAUGGACUAGCUACCGUUGGGUGUGAUCUUUAAGCGUGGCUCCAUGGAUGAAAUUUGAAAAUGUGGAGUGUAACCAUAUACUAUUUAUUAAUUUAAAGAAGAAACGUUUACACUGGCAAGCAAA